AUGACUUAUUCCUCUACGGCCAUGGGACCAUCCAAAGUCAUCCAGCUAGACGGCCAUGAAAUCAAAGCAACAAUGGUCGAGCACCUAGAUCCACGUCGAACAGUGUACCGCUUUCACCUCGAACCAGACCCAUCAUACUAUCGACAUAUGAUCCCAGAUACAACCACAUCUAUUAUCAUAAAGCAACAAAAAGAAGACUGGGAAGAAGAAUUCGAGAACGAAAAAACAGCCUACACCAAACUAAAAGACCUCCAGGGGGAAAUUAUCCCAUACUUCUACGGCGAGGGGUACUACGAUGGCAUACCUGCCCGGGUAUUAUCAGAUAUCCCGGGGGUUACUUUGGAGGAUCUGGCUCGCAGCAACGAAGAAGUCCCUGAGAAGCUGAUCAAGGCAUAUCUGGAAGAUGUCUUUGAUAAGCUUUCGAAGUAUAAAGCUUUUCAUUGUGAUCAGAAGUUGGAUAACUUUAUACUGUGUGGCGAUCGGGAACAUGGGUAUAGUAAGGUGAUGACUGUUGAUCUGGAGAAUGUGGAGAUUCCGGAUCAAGUUCGUCCUUGGCAUUGGUCUAUCAAUCAAGAGGGGGCAAGGUCUCUGAUGGAGGAGUUUAGGUAUAAGCGGAACCCUAGGCGUGACUCAUCUCCGCUUAAGUUAUGGAAGGUUAGACAUGAUAAGGGUGCUUCAUAGUGGGAUAGUGAUGCUGUCCGCAGCGCGAUUAGGGAAAAGGGAAGUGUAGUAAUUCAAUAGUGU